ACACGGGAUCCUCCCGCCCUUCCACUCCGCGGGCUGCCGCAGCGACUAGAAACCCGCGGCGGGGCGCGUUGACACCUGCCCCGCGCGAGGCGGAACCGCCGCCGGCGCGGAUUUAGGAGGAACUGACUGACUUACAGAGGGAUCCUCCUGCUCAGUGUUCUGCAGGACCUGUAGGUGAUGACUGUAAGUAUUUUUCCAGAAGAUUUCAGAAGGCUUGCAACCAAAACCUCCAGUGUUAUCAGGGACCAGACUUCAUUCCCACUCUCCUCAUGUUCCACUGGCAGGCCACCAUCAUGGGCCCGAAUGACAGUCCUUACCAAGGAGGUGUUUUUUUCCUGACCAUCCACUUCCCUACAGAUUAUCCUUUCAAGCCCCCAAAGGUUGCUUUCACUACCAAAAUCUAUCACCCCAAUAUCAACAGCAAUGGCAGCAUCUGCCUGGACAUCCUGAGGUCACAGUGGUCCCCAGCAUUGACUGUGUCCAAAGUUCUCUUAUCCAUCUGCUCUCUGCUCUGCGACCCCAACCCUGAUGACCCUCUGGUGCCAGAAAUAGCCCACACCUACAAGGCCGACAGAGAGAAGUAUGCGUCCUCUUUGGGUUGGCUUUGUGUGCGGCUGCCCAGGUUCCCACGGACAUCUUCCUGCCCAAGCCAAGCCCAUAUACAACAGACUAGCAAGAGAGUGGACACAGAAAUAUGCUAUGUAAGUGCCUCGAAGGCUCCAUGGGAGACAGUAUCCAAGAGAAGCUUGCCAGGCAGAGUGGCCUUCCUGUGAAGCUCUGAGCUAUUGGCUAAGGCACUCACAGAACAUCCUCCGUUCACACACGUGUCGGCCAUUCACUCUCUGGCUGCAGCAUGUUGGUGGUGCCACUUUCAGCCAUUGUGGCCUUGACAGUAUCACACCUUUGAUGCCAAAUCAGCAACCAUCGUUAUGAUCUGCAGUCUUCCUGUUACACUAGAAUUGGUCUAUCCCCAGCUUUUCUGCUUGUCUCUGGGGAAUCAAGCCAUGCAUGCCUCCCCUACUUGUCCUCAAAUGGUGCACUAGUCACUAUGGCACUGUAGGGGGCCUGGUCUGCUCCCUAACCACAUGCCCUUUGCCUUUAGAACACAGUGCAGUCCUGAGGGCCCAGGGCAGAGUGGGCUUUCCUCGUACUGUCUGCCACAGAGCCAUGUCCUCAGGAGUCCGAGUGCAUCCUGGAGGCUCCUGGGAACUGGA